AUGUCAUUUAAUGUUCUGAUUCUUGGUGCCACUGGUUUCUGUGGCUCUACCUUUUUGAAAUUUGCUGCUAGAGAACCAUCUUUUGCAAAUGUUUUUACGAUAACUAGGAGAGAAUUGAAGGGUUCAUACGACACAGGUAAAGUCAAAAGCGUUAUCGCAAAGGACUCCGAUACGUGGGCUGAUUUAAUUCCAAAAGAUGUCGACAUCAUGAUUUCAGGGCUCGCCACCACGAGGGAAGCGCGCGACUACAAAAUAGACCAUGAUUUAAACGUCGAGCUUGCCAAGCGUGCCAAGAGUCAAGGUUGUAGCACCUAUGUGCUAGUCAGUUCCGCAGGGGCCAACGAAAAAUCCAAUUUUUACUACAUGAAGACCAAGGGUGAAGUUGAGAGAGAUAUCUUGGCUCUGAACUUCGACAAGACUAUCAUUCUACGUCCCGGACCGCUCAUCGGUCAGAGAGACGAUAAAAAUAUGUUGAACGAGCUAUCUUCCAAACUUGGAGGACUUUUGUACAAGACCAGAUUCCAGAUGCUUUACGGAUAUCCAGCUUACGGCGAAGACGUGGCAAAAGCGGGAGUAAAGCUAGCGUUGGACCACUCGCGCACUUCGAAGAUUCAAAUUAUUGAGAGCAGCGAAAUUCUUGAAUUGGCAUCCGACGCCGCCUAA